GAUAGAAGCACAUGCAAGGCGCCGGCAAUCGGACAUAUUUGUUCCACUUUUGACUUACAACUUCUACUUUUUACAUUCUUUUGGGAUCAUCUCUUAGGAUAAAUUCUGAUGGAAAUUAAGGAGUACAGAAUACCUUUGCCGCUUACUGUCGAUGAAUAUCAAAUAGGUCAGCUGUACGCUGUUGCAGAAGCAAGCAAAAAUGAAACUGGAGGAGGAGAAGGAAUCGAAGUGGUUGAAAACGAACCAUACACGGGCCAUGAGAAGUACCCCGAUGGACAGUACACUCACAAAAUUUUCCAUUUAGCUUCCAAGGUACCAGCGUUUGUUCGUUUAUUGGCGCCAACUGGCUCCUUGGAAGUUCACGAGAAGGCGUGGAACGCUUAUCCGUAUUGUAGGACGGAGUAUUCAAACCCAUACAUGAAGGACAACUUCUAUAUCUUAAUUGAUACUUGGCACAAAGAAGGUGAAGGCUUGGAAAAUGUGCACAAUUUAAACGGCGCGGAACUAGAGAAGAGAGAAGUUGUUGAUAUAGACAUAGCCGAUACUUCUGCUGUUUCCACUAGCGACUACAAAGAGGAUGAAGACCCAACCAAGUUCCACUCGGAGAAAGCAGAUCGGGGUCCUCUCGUUAAAGGUAAAUGGAAGAAUCAAGAUUAUCCCAGAAUGACGUGCUACAAGUUAUACAGAGUGUACUUUAAAUGGUGGGGACUACAGACGAAAGUGCAGAACGUCAUCUUCCGUGCUGUGAAGCGACUGCUAACCAACUUUCACCGCCAGUUGUUUUGUUGGUUGGACAAGUGGUAUGGCAUGACUAUGCAAGAUAUACGAGAGCUUGAAGAUAAGACCAAAGAAGAUCUGGAACAAUUGCGAAAACAAGAGCAAGUACGUGGAAUGAAAGAGAAAUAAACACAGCACAGGGUAACUUGUAAAAUUAAAAAAA